AUGUCAAACCAGAACGUGCGAGCCUCCAGUGGGGCCCGCGCAGAACCGAAGUGGCACGCCGACGGGGCUGGCACUGUCAGCGCAGACGCACCAGAGGCGGAUUGCGUUGGGCGCCACCUUGUAACACAUUCACCCGUGUCCGUGGGUCGCCUGUCCGAAAACGGUGUGGGUGGUGCCGAGACGCCUCUGGCUCUGGCCCAACGCCGCUACCGCGCCGAAAUAGAACAAGACACCAAGCUUUGGGGCGCCAACAACAGCUCGUUCCCGACGCCAGACUUUGAGGGCAAUGCCACCGAGCACCGGGGCGUCGUUCAUACCAUGCUCUUCAUGGACACGACCAUGAACCAUCUUCACAUUUUCAAGAGCUGGCGGACUCUGUGGCGCAACGUUGGCCGCUACUAUAACGACCUCGACGUCUGGGGCGGCUGGUGCUUUGUGGUGGGCAGCAUCCUCUUUACGCUGGGGCCCUGGCUUAGCAAGAACAAGCACGUCUCGGCAGAUGGUUCCAGUAUUAUUCUCAUGGUGGGCGUGGUGCUCUUUCUCUUUGCCAAAAUCUUUGUCGAGCUCCGCGCCAUCUACGCCACGCUUUGGGAACGCAAAACGCGUCGACCAGGCACAGCUUUUCACGUGAGCGUCAUCUCCCUCACUGUGGGUGGCCUCUUCUUUCUAGCAACCACCAUCCUCAGCCUCCGUGAUGAUCCGCGGAGCGCCUCGUGGUGCUCCUUCCUCUCUGCCGUUGGCUUUCUCUUUGGAACCUUUGUCUUUAGCAUCGACUCAGCUGCUCAAUUUUCCCGGCCCCUCUUUGCGCAGCUCAGCAAUUUUUAUUACUGGGGUGCGCUCGGCCUCUUCUUAGGCUCGGUCUUUUACAUCUUCUCCACAACGUGUGACCUCAGCGGUGUUCGCGAUUACGGCGCCGUCUCGACGGCGGCCAGCUUUGCCCCCCUGGAACUCUGCUCCGAGAGCAUGGUGGCCUGGUUCAAUAUUCUGGGUGGCCUCCUUUACACUCUCGGCUCAGUCUUCUUCCUGGUGUUUGCCUACGACGAGCUGUACGAAGCACGACGCGGCCCGGAUCCACGCUGCGUAGACCGCAACGGCAUUCGCGCACCUCACCCGUUUCGCCCCCGCGAAGGAACCAAACACGAGCACCACGAUCCACAGCCUGACCUCGAGCGCUUUCCCCAGCACCAUGCCCAUGCCACCCGCACCGUCACAUGCGUCUAAGGCCCGUGAUCAUGGAUCGAGCCACUUGCUCCAGUGAAUCCCCCUCUGUUCCUCCCUUCUCGCCUUGCUAGUUAGGUUUUAGCUUGUAAUUAAUAAUUCUGAUGUC